ACGCGGGCGCGUUGCCAACUCACAGAAAGUGCCACGACUCCAGACUCAGCGGCUGUUCCGAGUCAGUGAAAAAACGUCGGACGUCGGAAACGGGAUCUUCGGUGGAACAGGACUGAGCAAAGAUGGAUGUGUACGACCCUCAGACCCUCGGCAUCAUGGUGUUUGGCGGCUUCAUGGUGGUUUCUGCUAUCGGAAUCGCCCUGGUCUCCACUCUUUCCAUGAAGGAGACCUCUUAUGAGGAAGCCCUAGCUAAGCAGCGCCGUGAACUGGCCAUGGCUCAGCCCCAACGUGUGGACAAGAAGAAGAAGGCAGCGGAGAAGAAAAGCAAAGCCAAAAAGAAGGAGGAGAAGCCGAACGGGAAGCUUCCCGAACAGGAGGCACAGAACGACUCGGGCCACGAACCGUCUUCAGAAACUAGCGAACCAGAACCUGAAUCUGAGCCUGAGGUCGCUGCUGCACCUGCGACUGUACCCGUACCUGUCGCACCAGUUGCUCCAGUGAUCCCAGAGCCCAAAGCUGAGGUUGAGGUGGCAGUGACGAAGCCUGCUGUAGCAGCAGCCCCACCUGCACUUUCCCCAAAGGACAAGAAGAAGAGGAAGGUUGCGAAGGUGGAGCCAGCCCCUGCUAAACCUGUCGAAAUUGCCUCAGAGACCGUCACCAAAGCGCCGGCCCCUAAGAAUGCCAAGGACUCCGCCCCUAAGGACUCAGCUGCCAAGAGUGCAAAGGAACCUGUUGCUAAGGGUGCCAAAGAACAUGGUGCUAAGGAAGCAACUCCUAAGGGGACCAAGGAACCGGUUGCUAAAGAAGCGGCUCCUAAGGGGACCAAGGAACCGGUUGCUAAAGAAGCGGCUCCUAAGGGGACCAAGGAACCUGCUGCUAAAGAAGCGCCUCCCAAGGGGACCAAGGAACCUGCUGCUAAAGAAGCGGCUCCUAAGGGGACCAAGGAACCUGUUGCUAAAGAAGCGGCUCCUAAGGGGGCCAAGGAACCUGUUGCUAAGCAAGCGGCUCCUAAGGGGACCAAGGAACCUGCUGCUAAGCAAGCGGCUCCUAAGGGGACCAAGGAACCUGUUGCUAAAGAUGCGGCUCCUAAGGUCACCAAGGAACCUGUUGCUAAGGAAGCAGCUCCUAAGGUCACCAAGGAACCUGUUGCUAAAGAAGCAGCUCCUAAGGGAACCAAAGAACAUGUUGCUAAAGAAGCCGCUCCUAAGGGGACCAAAGAACCAGCUGCAAAGGUGGCAAAGGAAGCCAUCACUAAAGAACAAGCCACAAAAGUUGCUAAGGAACCAAGUUCCAAGGGUACCCAGGAACCUGUCACCAAACAGCAAGCUGGAAAAGUUUCUAAAGAACCUGCUGCUAAGGAAUCGGCCACUAAAGCCGCCAAGGAGCCUGUUCCUAAAGAAUCAGCUGCUAAGGCAGUCAAGGAACCUGUGGGUAAGGAAUCGGCUCCAAAGACUUCCAAAGAAUCAGGAGCCAAGUCUGCAAAAGAAUCUAAUGUUAAAAUGGCUAAGGAACCGGCUCCCAAGGGCGCCAAGCAGCCAGCUGUUGCUGUUGUGGCCGAGGUUGCCCCGGUGACGAUUAUUCCAGCAAAAGCUGAGCCGCCCAAACCUGAAGCCUCUUCCAAGAAGAAGUCAAAAAAGAAGGCGGAGCCAGCAGCUGCUGUGGAUGUUACAGAUGUGCCCCUGCUGUUGCCGUUUAAUACUCUGGUCUCCACCCUGAGCAGCUCCAGUUUCAGCGACUCGGAGACGCAGAAGCUUUUGGAGAUCGUCAGCGACAAGGCGGGAACUGACACAUGGCAGCUGGCAUCUCAGAAAGGUGACCCCUUGGCAGCUCUGAAGAAGCAGCUGGAGGAGAAAGACAAGCUCCUGUCUGCUGAGCAGGAGAACGCCGCUGCGUCCAAGACGCGCAUACGCGAGCUCACUAAGGAGUUAAACAGCGAGAAGAGCAAGAUGGCUUCGGUGGAAACUCGGCUGAGCUCGGAGCUGAGCGCUCGCGAGCAGGAGAUCGGCGCGCUGCACGCCCGCAUGAAGGCUUCCUAUGACGAACACACGCAGCAGACCCAGAAGCUCAACGGCAAGAUCCAGAGCCUGCAGGAUCAGCUGGAGAACGGUCCUGCCGCCCAGCUGGCCCGCCUGCAGCAAGAAAACACCAUCCUGAGAGAUGCUCUGAACCAAGCCUCCAGCCUCGCAGAGAGCAUGCAAAACGCUGAGCUGGUAAAGUUGCGCCAGGAUGUCGUGCGUCUGGGCCGCGAGCUGAGCGAGCGCACAGACGCCCAACACGCCGAGGAUGAGCGUCGGAAAGCGCUGGAAUCCAAAAUGGCCGCCACCGAGGAGCAGCUGGCGCAGGUCAAGGCGGGGCGCGCGGAGGCCGAGCAGGCUCUGCAGCAGACGUUGGAGAAGGUCAAGGCCGAGUUGCGUCAAGCACAGGACGACGGCGCUACCCUGCAGGCCCAGCUGCAGCAAGCGCAACAGGAAGGCAGCCUGCUCAGCGAGCUGCAGGAGCGUGUGCGUGGUACAGAGGCGGAGCUCAAGGACAGGUGUGCAGAGCUGGAGGCUGUGAAAGCUCAGCUCGUUCAGGUAGAGCAGGACGCACAGGAACAAGUCCUUGUGGAAGUACAGGCCCCACUGCAGUCUGCUGCACCGCAGGCGGAGAAUUCUGAGGAACUGCAGCAGCUGAAGAACAGUAUAAAGGAGAAGGAGGAUUUGGUCACGUCUCUAAAAGAACAACUUGAGAAGAUGAAAACAAGUGCAGAGGAGAAGGAGAGCUCGGUGCAGCAGCUACAGGACAGUCUCACACAGCGAGAGAGCAAUGUCUCGGCGCUGGAGGAGGAGCUGAAGCAGCUGAGAGAACAGACGGAGCAGCAGAAAUCUACGACCGAGAGCUUGGUGCUGCAGCUGCAGGACAGCCUCGCGGCACGAGAGAAUAAAGUCUUGGCUCUGGAGGAGGAGCUGAAGCAGCUGAGAGAGGAGAUGAAGCAGCAGAAGGAGGCGGCCGAGAUCGCAGAGGCCGAGCAGCCGUUUGAGAACUUGGAGAAAGACGCUCGCCUGAUUACUCUGGAGGAGGAGCUCCAGCAGCUGAGAGGGCAGGUGGAGCAGACGAAGGCCGAGAGCAAGGAGCUUCAGGAGAAGAACGAACGGCAGCUCAACGUUUUCCGGUCGGAGACCAAGAACGCUCUCCAAACACUCUUUCCUCACAUCGCCGUCGAAACCGAACAGAGUAACUGGUUGGCGGCGUUCACACUCGAAGCACAGGAGACGCUCAGACACAGCCUACAGGAAGCGUCUGAAGAAAAAGACGCAGCACUGACAGACGCUCUACAGAAGUUAAAGGAAGCAGAGGAGAGUCAGAGAGCACUACAUGUGCAAUGUGAGCAGUACAGAGCCACCCUCAGUGAAACGGAGGGCAUACUGCAGGAUCUUCAGAACAGCGUGCAGGAUGGAGAGGCCACAUGGAAGUCCAGGAUCUCUGCGGUCGAGGAAGAGCGGCAGGCGGCCCUGGUUCAAUUGAAGGAGCUGGAGGAGACCGUGGAGACACUGAGGUCCGAGAACCAAAGCACAGAACAGCUAAAAGGGCAGGUGAUGCUGCUCGAAGCACAGCUGGAGAAACAGCUGGAGUCAGUCAGCUUCAGCCAGAGCUGUGCUGAGGAGGUGGUGAAGCUAAAGACAUUGUUAACAGCCACUCGGAGUCAGCUAGAGGCGGCCCAAUCAGACGCUCAGAAACAGCGCACCGAGCUCUCAGCGGUCAGACAGCAACUGCAGGCAGUGACCGAGCACGCGCAGAGCAACGAGGACACGCAGCCCAGCCAGGCUCGGGCACAGCUGGAGCAGGCAGAAGUCCGACUGCAGACAGAGGCCAGCGUGCGCCAGCAGGCGGAGCACAGCUACGGCCAGGCGCAAAAGUGUGUGAGCGACCUGGAGGCUCAGGUGGAGGAGCUGAAGAUUGCAGGAGAAGGAGCCACCACUGAGCUCAAGGAGAGGCUGGAGAAGGAGGUGAAGCUGACGCAGGAGCUCGCAGAGACCUCGGCGACACUCGAGCAGAAACUGAGCGCCGCUCAGGAGGACCUGACCAAAGAGAAAGAGGUGGUGAAAAGCCUGCAGGAGCAGCUACAGGAGAAAGUGCAGCAGCAGGUGCUGUUCUCUUCCCAGUGACCUCUGAGUCUGUUUAGGCUGCCAGUUCAUUUUGGAAGGAGAAGAGCUGAAGGAAGGAACCUCCGUGUGACGUCUCGGCAGGAAGGAGGAGAAGCCGAACCACCCAAAAAAACAAAACCCACAAAAAGCCUUAAUUUUUUUUUCUUUGUUCUUGUCUCUGUAAUCGUUUGUAUACUGUAUUAAGAGGAGCGCAAAGGGAGGAUGGGAGUGACACCGGGGUCCAAACACAAGUUUAAUGACUGAUUUAUAUUUUUAGUAGAAUUCUUCUUUACAUGUGGUCUAUUAUUAUUAUUUUUUUUUUUUUAUUAGAGUUUUUUUUUUUUUUUUCGACAACGUCCAAGACUCUUCACAUUCCUCCGACUGUCAGUGUUACGAAGAAAGGGCAAAGUGCAUGUGCGUCAGACGCACGCUCCUGUGCAAUCACUUACAAAAGACUGUCCUUCACGUGGAAGUGAAGAGAAGGAACAUUUCACGUUACAGCGAUGCAAUACAGCCCCUUACACUACUUGUAGUCGGCUGCUGACCAAAUGUGAUUUAAAAUUAAAUAAACAUUUAAGAGAUUAUUUGGUUAUAAUGCUUUUUUUUCCCUCCUGUGUGUUUAUCGAGAUGAGACUUUCUUUUUUCUCGUUUGCCCAAGUCGGCUUAUUCCAUAAAGGUUUUCAGAUCUACAAACACUUCUAUUUCUGAGAGAGAUGGGGGGUGGUAGGUAAUGUUGCUUUGACUAUAAGCGCACCUUUCCCCAAGCUCUGUUGAAUUCUUGAUUCUGAUUGGUCAGAAGGUGCUGAUUUAAUUUUCUACAACAGCAGCUCUGACUGUAGGUCAGACUCUAGACCACAUCACAGGUUUAUAUUAAUGCGCUUGAUCUAAUCACUGCAGUUAAUCUGGCGAAGUUUACUGUAAGGAAAUGUUUAUGUAACAACCAAGGAUGGAGUCUCCAGUGUCUAAAAAAGGCGUAAAAAAAAAAGAAAAGGUUUCUUUUUAUAUGUAAGGAUUUUUUAUUCCUCCCCUCCUUACCUUCCACUUGUUUAUCAUGGACUGUGCAGUUCCCAUUAAAAUGUGGGAUGUUGUUUACACGCUCCUGAUUUUACUUCGAUAAAUCUCCAAAUUGUAUUUAUAAACAAAAUGAUAUAUUGCUCAGGUCUCCAAGUUUGUUUAUUAUAUCCGUAUUGAGGGGUACAGGUUAUUUAGUUCCACAUACCGAACACUCUUAUGGAGGCCUUAGAGUGCAUAUGCUUGAAUUUUAUUUAAUUUUUUCUUCCUCUAUUAAAUCUAAUUUUAUUUUAUGUUGCUUUUAUGUUAUAUUUGCUGUGAUUGUCAGUCAUGUAUAUUUCCUAGCCACGCUAAUUAAUUAAACUUUUGAUGAUUUACUGCU